AUGCAGAUCUUCGUAAAAACCCUAACGGGUAAAACCAUUACCCUUGAGGUGGAACCCUCUGAUACGAUAGAAAAUGUCAAAGCUAAAAUCCAAGACAAAGAAGGAAUUCCACCUGAUCAGCAGAGAUUGAUCUUUGCUGGUAAGCAGCUUGAAGAUGGCCGCACACUCUCCGACUAUAACAUCCAGAAGGAGUCGACACUCCACCUGGUGUUGAGGUUGAGAGGAGGUGCCAAAAAGCGAAAGAAGAAGAAUUACUCUACCCCCAAGAAGAUUAAGCACAAGAAGAAGAAGGUCAAACUAGCUGUGCUCCGAUUCUACAAGGUCGACGAGAACGGUAAAAUCCAUCGUCUUCGUCGUGAAUGUACCGGUGAGCAAUGCGGUGCUGGUGUGUUCAUGGCCGUCAUGGAGGACAGGCACUACUGUGGAAAGUGCCACAGCACCAUGGUCUUCAAGGACGACGACAAAUAA